AUGUCAUCCUCACCUGUGCUGAUACCUCAGGAACUGGUAAACGAACCUGCUCUAAAAACAGACACAGCCCGCAUCCAGGCUAGCAGGCAGAAAUGCGAACUCGGAGACUUUGUCGGUGCGCUGUCGGAGAUUUUCGUAGAAGGGUCGAGCACAUCAGCCUCUACCGCCGCACUUACAUCCGAGGUGGUUCGUGUUUACAUCGUCAGUGGGGAUCAAGCCUCGGCAUCCAAGCAAAUCCAUGACUGCAAGGCUACUACUUCUCCAGACGGUACCGGUUCCGGGGACAUUCUCGAUGACGUACUGGCCCUUCAGGCCGCUUAUCUGGGCGUGUCGAUGCAGGGACAUUUGUUCGCGGCCCUUCAAGUUGCGGAGACUAUGUGGAAGAAGCAUAGCAUAGACUCGGAGUCAUAUCUUGACGAGGGAAUUGAAGCCAACAUCCGCGUCGGAUACUAUGCCCUCGAGAUAUAUGAUUUGCACCGUCGAUAUGGCGAAGGAACAGAGAGUCCCUCAUUUCAGCCGUCGAGUGAGAUCAUCCAGUCCAUCAUCAACGGACUCAUAUCUGCGCACCUAGGUUUUGAGGCUCUCGAGAUCAUCGAAUAUUUCAUAAACAAGCCGAUUGAUCAUUUCGGGCGCUUGGCCGUGGCUCAACCACAGCAGGGUAGUCCAUUCACCAAAGACGUCCUGCUCCGCCUUGCAAAAAUCCAACUUCAGGACGGGGACUCGGAAAGUGCAAAAGGCACUCUGGAAGUGCUGCAUGAAACAGAAGGUGGAUGCUCGAAGGCGACGGAAAAGUGCCAUGUUCUCAGGCUACGUUACCUAGACUCAGAGCCCGAUAAAACCAUCACCAUUCGACUUCUUCUCCAUCUUGUAGAGAAGUUUCAGGCUGCUGGAGACUUUGAAGGUGCAAGGGAAACAGCGGAGUAUGCCGCAGAGAUCCACUCGGGACUUGGCUUGAGUGAAGAGAUGUCGCAGCUCGGAUUCGCUAUCCAUGACGCCCUGCGGGCCCUCUGCGAGCGGGCAGGCGAUCUCCUGAGCGGCGUCCAGUUCGAGUUCCGGCGCUGUGACAUGAUAUGCUCGACUACAGAAGAUCUGGUAUCGGCAUUGGCCCGCCGUGACGAACUGUUGGAGUUGCCCAUAUGCUCGAGACUGCCGUUCUUCGAGCGGAUGCAUAAGAAGCAGUGCUUGGAGUACCUAAUCGCUCACCGCGGUGAACUCGCCACGGUGCACGCAGAAAAAUACUUUUCAUACUGCUGCCGGCUUAAAGACGACGAGCUAGUAUCCGAGGCAGAGAUCCUGCUCUGGAGGGCGAAGGUUGAGCCGACUAGAGCGUCGCACGAGGCGCGGAUCGCGGUCUUGGACCGGGUAGCUGCAGAUUUGGAGCCUGGUGUGGCCCGAGACAAGGCUGCAGGACGACAUGGCCCCUACGUCGAGAAGGUGCUACUUCUCGCCGAGGUCUUGGAGGAGUUGCGGGCCAUUUCAGGAGAGGAGCGUGAAGAUUCAUGGCCAGCCAUCGCUGAUAUGCUUCAGGAUGUGGAGACAACCUGCUCGAGUUUGCGCCCCAAGCCAGAUGGCUUGCUGCCUCUGAUGCUAGAGGUCUCAUAUCUCAAAACAAUGUUUACGUUCAUGGCCACAUCUAGCGACGAAACGGAAGCUUUUUCUCGAACAUCCGCCGAAAAUACAGACAGAAGCUGUCUGCAACCCUUGCAUAGACCGUUGUCCCGCACAGGAAUUGAAACGCGCAAAGUCUUUGAGCCGACUAAGUUCCUGUACGAUCUCUACCUUGCGGUGCAGAGCGGGUCUGUCCUCUCGUUCAGGUCUGUCAUGAAAAAUAUGAACAGCGAAGCGCAGCGUCUUCGGAAAGAAGGCCAUCCCCAAGAAGAAGCUCGGUACCUCCUCUGUCGGGGCAUUCUCUGUUACAUCUUGGCGGCAGGGAGCUACAUGGAUGAGGAACAACUGGGGGCCGCAGGCGCCGGCUUCGAAACGAAAACCGAUGGACUCUUUGAGGCCUUGAAGUGCUUUGAAGAUUGUUUGACCUUGAGAUCACAGAUUAAGCAGAAGAUUCACAGCGGCGGUGACAGCCUGGAGUCACUGAUUGCAGCCCAGGCCUUUAAUACGGGAUCUCUACAAACGCUACUCUAUGACACAGCCUUGGCCAUCUGUUACGAGUUGGAUGAUAAUGAUCUGACGUGGGCAUGGGUCCAGAAGAGCAAGGCGUACGCCUACUCAACAUGGCUCCGAAACUGUACAGGUGGAGAUGAACCAAGCACAAGGCAAGUGGAAACAUCUCCAAAGGCAGAUGUGAGCUUCCAGGAUAUGCUCUGGGUAUCCAGUGCAUCAGCGAGGAGACUGGUCUUUGUAGACUGGAUCACCGUGCACCUUGACCCAGAACCCCGACUGCUGCUUCUCGCAUUACAGUUCUCAAGGGACGAUGAUGGAAUAUCUCGGAGGCUUAGCCUUGUCGAACUUGACACAUCCGUCGAUUAUAUAGAGGAGAAGGCCCAACACCUAAGCACGGCAAGGCUCGACAGUGCCGACUGGCGGCGAACUCUAUCCGGCUUCACUCCUUUAAUUCAUCCGUUGAAAGAACUGUGCGAGGAGGGUGAUGUCCUUGUCCUUUCGCCCACGGGCUGUAUGCACAACCUUCCGCUGCACGCCCUCGAUUUGAACGGCGAGCCUUUGAUCGACCGCAAUGCGGUUGCCUACGUCCCGUCACUGCAUGUCUUGGUCAGUUGCCUUAAACGACUCGAGGCUCCUUCUGUAGGGGCCGAUCGGCAGAGCGAAUGGCGUGCAGCCGUUUUCGGGGCGUACGAAAAUGAUAAUGGGAAUAAUGAGCUGCAAACGGAGCAAAUCCAGAUAUACGAUUCCCUAACCAGGCUCGGCACACGGCUCGACAGCGCUCCGGUACUAGGAUCCGCCCUCGAUACCAAGUCGUUUGCAAGAGGUGCCGAGAACGCUAACCUAGUUCACUUUCACGGACACGGAUGGCGUGAUGGGCACGAUAUCUUGCGGCAGGGCCUUGUCCUGGGAUGGCAACACGAGCAAUUGACGCUGCAUCACGUUGCGGCUCUUGCACUACGGUCGCCUCACAUAAACAUCAUAGCCUGCGAGAGCGGCGUCCAGGACUUCUCACUCGGAGGGGAUGAGCCGCUAGGACUGUUGUCGGCAUUUCUCGCCGGGGGCGCCGCAUCCAUUAUAGCUGCUUUGUGGCCGAUUCAGUCCACGACAGGCAGGAUCUUCACGGAAACCUUCUUUGAGUACUUCCUAAGCCCUCUUGAUACGCGGAACCUAGGACCAGUUGUCAAUCUAGCUGAUGCUCUCCAGUACACAUGCAAAAGCAUUCGAGCGAAGAAAGAAACAGCUACACCUUACCAUUGGGCACCAUUUAUAUUAUACGGCGCCUGGUUCUGCUGCAACAAGCCAGAAAAUACACGGAUUAAUCUUCGAAAUGUUUUAGGGAGGAGUGACAAAUAAGAGCUCAAGUACCUAUUAAUCGGAGUAUAUGUCUAAAAUGCCACUUCC